UACAAUUCAAUACGGGUUGUAAACUUUUUUUUUUUCUUUUCUAUUUUUAGAUGGAAAUCAUCAAGUGAUCUGGCAACAACGCUGGUAGAGGGAAUAAAAAAACUGAAUGAAGGUUUAACAGAGAAACUUUAGAGUCUGGGGCGGGGUUUAGGAGAAAGGAACAGGGAAGUUCAGAGCAAAGUUACAAGAAAACUUUCUUCAAGGAGAAUUAACAGAAAAUGGACGCCAUUAACCAGCUGGUGACUGAUGUGCUCGAGGAUCUUGUGGAGUCAGAGCUCAAACAGUUCACCAGGCAGCUGUGGAUUGGUGUAAAACCAGACGUCGAUCCCAUUCCUCGGGGAAAGCUGGAGAAAGCGGACCGUCAGGAUGUGGUGGACAGUAUGGUGCAGCAUUACAGCGAGGAUGCUGGGAAGAUCACAGUACAGGCACUGCGCAAAAUCAAGCAGAACGAACGUGCAAAGCGUCUCGAGUCGAAUCUGCUGAAAGUUCAGCCGCAGGUGCAGGAAAAUGAGCCAAACCCUGAAGACCCACAGUCCAUCCCGCAGUCCAUCAACACUGCUGGAUCUGAUGAGCUAGAGCCCAUCCAGUCUGACUGGCAGAGACCACAAGGGAUCAUUACCCGCUUGCGAGAGAUUAAAAGCAGAUUUCUUUAUGCAAACAGAGACGAUAUUUACACACCAGUGAGCAGGAAUCAAAGAAAAGGCUUGGCUCUCUUAAUCACCAACAUACAAUUCGCCAAUAAACGAUACGACCGAGCCGGAGCGGAGAAAGAUGAGGAGAACAUGGAGUGGCUGCUGACAACCCUGAACUUUAUGGUUAUAAAACGCAGAAAUCUCACUGGAAAUGAAAUCAGCAGAACAGUGCAGGAUUUCUCUAGACGUCCUGAACAUCAAGAGGCAGACAGCACCUUUGUAAUCAUCAUGUCUCAUGGGCAAAGAAUUCAAAAUAGAGAUGCCAUUUUAGGUGUCAAUUACAACCGGCUUCAAAACUGUAACGACGUCUACUUUGUUGAAGACACUUUCUCCCAUCUGAACUCUGUGAACUGUCCUGCUCUGAUCGACAAACCCAAGGUUAUCCUCAUUCAGGCCUGCAGAGGAGAGCAACCCGGUGGUGAGUUUGUUCAAGAUUGUGUGCCUGAAUCGGACUCAUGGGUGCACAAGGAGAAAGACUUUGUCUGUUUUAUGUCCACCCUGCCUGAUAUGGUCGCAUACAGGGAUGUGGUCAAUGGAAGUUUUUUUAUCAGCUACAUAGUGGAUGUGUUCUGCUCAUCAGCCUACAAGGAUCACAUUAUGGAGCUUUUUAGGAAGGUUGCCGCUCGUAUGGAGAAAGACCAACGUUUCCGAGGUCACACGAAACUCUUGCCUUGCAUUGAACGGACGUCUCUUGUAAAGAAGUUUUACCUUUUUCCUGAACAGUGAAGACAUGGAGUAAACCUGGUUUAGAGGGAAACAGCACAGGUGAUCAGGGUAAAACAUGUAUAUCACCAUGCUGAAGGCUUUUAUUUCCUGGCAGAAAAUUACCUCAAUACAAGUCAUUAUUAAAAACACAGGUAUUAUCAGUUUUUAUAUGAACAAAUCUUUGGAAAGGUCUUAGAAGACAGUACAUUCCCUGCUUGAUUAUUCAAUCUGCUGUAAACAUUGUAAUGAGGGGGGUUUUCUAUUAAUCUGUGGUGUUUUUAUUUCAUAUUCUUUGCAUUUCAUCAAUUCAUUCAGUAAUUUUAUAAUAGGCUACUUGUUAUCUUCCAUUGUGUUAUAAUCUUAAGUUUGUGUGGUUUUCAGGAGAUCAGUCUGAAAUGUAUAAAAUAAGGACUGUAUUUCAAGGCUUGUUAUGGUACACUUCUGUUAUUAAACAGUAUAUUUUUAUUGCUUGUGCUUUAAUAUCACUGGAUGGAUUUGUGCUUGUCUGCUUAGUCAGUAAACUGGUAAAUAACAAA